AUGAGCAGGACCACCUUUCAAUCUAAUGCUUUCAGGCCAUGGAAACCCUCGAAUAUCAAGAUAUUUUCACCUGCCCGUCCUUUACAUUCUUCUCCACAUUCAACUUCAGAUAUCUCCACAACCAACCCUUUUUCUCAAGCAUCGCAACUCUAUCCAUCUCUUGAUAGUCCGAGUAACUCUACACUGGACAGUCACCGGGACCAUCCGCGUGGACGACCUCUAGCCGAGGCAUACAUGCCUAGCAACGCCAGAGCAAGCAUUAAGUCAAGCUCACGCGGCCUAUUGCAUCAUAAAGCAACUUCACUCUUGAGUAAACUGCUUGAUCAUAAUCCUCAAGACACUGCAACUACACCGCACAUGCAGACACAAAGCGAUUCAGCAAUUCCAGUCCUUAUUUCCAGCCUCGACUCCAGGGACACUACGGAAGACUCUACCGAUAUACGGACGUCUACCUACAAUUCAGUGGAGAUUCUUUCUUCACCUGGUAACUCUGAGGACCCAAGAGAGCUGUGGCCCAUAGGAAAAGAACCAGACAUUAUUCCAAUCGACCCACCCAUCCUAAACGAUGGUUGCUCUAGAAAUGCAAGUCUGCCUGGCUACGUCCCCCAUGAAGACAAUCUUGGGCCUGUUCAUGAACAUCAACAUCUGGAGACCGUCGGCAACAAGAUUGACGUCGAUGUGGUAUGGAUCGAAGACGAACCCCACAACGCUGUCGUUACUGAUAGCAGUCGCUCUCAGUCCCGCAAGCGGCUCCCCCAUGAACAGAGCGAGGUUGAGUGA